AUGGAACAACAAUACCUCAAGGGCAAGACUGCCAUCGUCACAGGUGCAGGCAAGCCGAAUGGAAUUGGGGCGGCGUCUGCAAUUGCGCUCGCUGAACACGGUGCCAAUGUCUUGAUCCAUUACAACAGCUCGGCCGGGCCAGCAGAGGAAGUCGUGGCCAAAAUCAAGAGUCUGGGAGUUCAGUCUGCGGCAGUCAAAGCCGAUGCGUCGAGCGCCGACUUUGGCAGCACUCUGGUCAACGCUGCCCUGAAGGAGUUCAACACCAAAACCAUCGACAUCAUCGUCAACAAUGCCGGCUUCGCCACGCCGAACAUCCAGGGCAUCGCAUCUGUGGGAUUCGACGAGUGGGAUCCCGUGUUCCGUAUCAACGUGCGAGGCCCAUUCGUCCUCAUCCAGGCAGCGCUGCCGUACAUGACAACUGGCGGACGCAUCAUCAACAUUGGAAGCAUCAUCUCACGACUUGGUUCAUGGAUGCUGCCCGUCUACUGUGCGUCCAAAGGCGCUCUGACCUCGAUGACCGUGGCUAUUUCAGAAGAGCUAGGGCCCAAGGGUAUCACGGCCAAUGUGGUGUCUCCCGGGCCGACCGCCACGGAUCUGUCCAUGGAAGGCACUCCGAUUGGUGCGAGACUGAGGAACAAUCAGCACAUCAAGAGAGAGGGCACACCCAAAGAGAUCGCGGAAACGGUCCUGUUCAUGGCGAGCCCAGCGACCUCGUAUAUCACCGGCCAGGUUAUCCAUGUGGAUGGAGGGAUUGCAUUCCCAUAA